CUAGGUUGCUUCAUUGUGAUUGACUCCAUGCUGGAAAGGAUUCGCCACGAAAAGACUGUCGACAUAUAUGGCCACGUAACCUGCUUACGUGCGCAGAGAAACUACAUGGUUCAGACCGAGGAUCAGUACAUAUUCAUCCACGACGCUCUGCUAGAGGCGUUCAUUUGCGGACAGACCGAAGUACCGGCUAGAAACUUACACUCACAUAUCCAGAAGUUGAUGCAGCUCGAGCCCGGCGAGAACGUAUCGGGCAUGGAGCACGAAUUCAAGAAACUGAGUAACAUUAAGACUGAUUCUUCACGUUUUGCUACGGCAAAUUUGCCUUGUAAUAAGCAUAAAAAUAGAUUGGUACAUAUCUUGCCUUUUGAGAGCACUAGAGUCUGUUUGACUCCUUUGAGGAACAUCGAAGGGUCGGAUUAUAUCAACGCCAGCUUUAUCGACGGCUAUCGGUACCGUAAGGCUUAUAUCGCCACUCAAGGCCCCAUGUCGGACACUACGGAUGACUUGUGGAGGAUGCUGUGGGAGCACAAUUCGACGAUCGUCGUUAUGUUGACCAAGCUCAAGGAGAUGGGCAGGGUGAGUACCUUUUUUUUUAACAUAUACUGA